AUGGAGAAAAACACCGUCAAGCAGGUUGAGAGAGAUGAAAAAGGUGUCGAGAUCUCUACAGACUUGCUUGUACAAGCGAUGGAUAAGGAAUCACAUCCGGAUCCUGAGUCUCGUAACUUACCAUUGAACCAUUACUGGUGCAUCAAAAGAUUAAAACUUGACCAUGAUAUUGUGCUGCGUCAUCGAGCUGCACAUAUGUUCGACGGAUCAGCACCCAACAUGGGCGUCUUCAAAUUCACCGAUGGAGGUCAAAGUCUCCUUUGGAGAGGACCUGUGACCUUCUAUAGCUGCAAAGGGGUGAAAUUGGAUAGACUUGCGAAUAGAAUCCCUGACUUGGAAGUCAAUAUGCCUGACCUGCACGUCGCAUUGAGUCUCUUGCAGAACAAUACUGGAUCAAAUGCUGGACCUGAAGCACUCUCGGCGGGCGGCUUAUUUCUGUAUGAAGUUCAUGAGCCUUUGUUGUUUCAACAACUGAUGGUUAGGUACGCAAAGAACGCAACGCCAAUCAAGAGUAUUCGAUUAUCUUGUCUCGGAGACAUUGAACAUCUACGCAAGGAAGAAUAUCAAGUCGUCGAUAUUUUACCCAAUGAUCCCAUAUUCCACGCCGAUCAGCCAGAUCCUCAUACUGCCGUCCUUAAAAGACUUGGAAUUCCACCCAUUGCUCGCAAGCUCAUUCCCGAUGAGGAUUUACAGCCAAGUAAGGGUCUGCGGGGUAAAGUGGGCAAUGAAGUUCUUGAGAACGAAGUGGCAAUCGCUUUGAACCUCAUCACUGAUGUCAAUGGUCACCGUUCCAAUUUCCCCAAUCUUGGUACACAUUGGAAAAAGGUCGUAGGACCGAUUAUGCUUAUCAGACAGAACGAAAUACGUGAAGACGAAACGCUCAAGACGCAAUUCCAAGACUUUUUCGGAGAACUCAAGCGGGAGAAGGUCAGUGGUGACAAUGAGGGCAGAGUUGAUGGGGACCCAUCUUGGGCUAAUGAAGCAUCACCAUAUGAUGCGUAA